CCGGAAGCAACCAUUUUCUGCAGAUGUUUUGAACCAAAAUCGUGCUAAAUAAAAACAUCUAAAUGUGAAAUCAAAUGUUUUAUUUUAUCAUGCAGUGGUUGGACAUUAUUUCUCUACUCUACCUGGUUUUUCUGUAAGUGUCUCGCCCAACGCGAUCCCCAGUCAUCAUGGACAGUCACAGUGAGGUAUCAGACCUCGACCCAGCCCCUGGCCCUGACAGACCUGUAGGACCCAUGAUGGAGGGGGGAAACGCACCUGUCUACUGUAUCUGUCGCAGACCUGACAUCAACUGCUUCAUGAUUGGUUGUGACUGCUGUAACGAGUGGUUUCAUGGUGACUGCAUCGGCAUAUCAGAGAAGGCAGCUAAAGUCAUCCGGGUGUGGUACUGUGAGAAAUGUCGUGCCAAAGACGGGACCCUGGAGAUAAAGUAUCGUCCCAAGAAGACCAAGGAGAAGAUGGAGAAGGAGACGGGAGACCAGGGGAAGAAGGAGACGGGAGACCAGGAGAAGAAGGAGAUGGGCGACCAGGAGAAGAAGGAGACGGGAGACCAGGACAAGACGGAGAAGGAGACGGGAGACCAGGAGAAGACGGAGACGGGAGACCAGGAGAAGACGGAGAAGGAGACGGGAGACCAGGAGAAGACAGAGAAGCAGCAUCACACUCCAGACCUGAAUAUAGAACACCGCCGAGGUUCACGGGUGAAGCGUUCGGCCCGUAUGUGUGGAGAGUGUGAGCCGUGCAGGAGGACUGAGGACUGUGCUCAGUGUGAUUUCUGUAAAGACAUGAAGAAGUUUGGAGGACCCAAUAAGAUCAGACAGAAGUGCAGGCUCCGGCAGUGUGACGUUCGAGCUCGGAAAAUGCUCCGUGUAAAAGAUGAGGAGUUUGCCCUGUCUGGUCGGGGGGCCAGAGGGAGUCUGAGAAGAGGAGGGCCUCUGUUUGAUGACUACAGUGAGAAUGAGAUGGAGCUCUACCAGCAGUACAAGGCUGCAGGCUACGAGGAUAACAAUAUGCCAUGGCAUAGUGAUGAUGAGGAAGCGGCCUUUGACCCCGUGCAGCGGAAGAGGGCUGUGAAGGUCAAGCACGUCAAGAGACGAGAGAAGAGAUGGGACAAGAAGGACAAGAAAGAGAAAGAGGUGCGUCGCCACAAGCAGAAGCAGAAGUACCGUGAGCGACUGAAGCACAGUGAGAGGGGUGGCGGGGGCGGUGGAGAGGCUCGGGGGGACAGUGGUGGAGGAGGAGGGGGGAUGAGACAGUGUUUGGGACCAGGGUGUGUGGAGGUCGCCAGGGCCGGCUCCAAAUACUGCUCAGAGGACUGCGGCAUGAAACUGGCUACCAAUCGUAUCUAUGAGAUCUUGCCUCAGAGGAUACAGCAGUGGCAGCAGUCUCCCUGUAUAGCCGAGGAGCAGGGCAAGAAGCUGCUGGAGCGAAUCAGGAGAGAUCAGCAGUCAGCCCGCCUGAGACUCACGGACAUGGAGAAACGCUUCCACGAACUGGAGGGGAUCAUCGCCAAGGCUAAGCAACAGGUGGUGCAACAGGACGAAGAGGUGAAUGAGGCAGAAGGGGACACAGAUACAGACCUGCAGAUAUUCUGCGUGUCCUGCAGUCACCCCGUCAACCCCAAGGUGGCGCUAAGACACAUGGAGAGAUGCUACGCUAAGCAUGAGAGCCAGACCUCCUUCGGCUCCAUGUACCCCACACGCAUCGAAGGUGCAACCAGACUGUUCUGUGACGUAUACAACCCUCAGAGUAAAACCUACUGUAAGAGACUGCAGGUGUUGUGUCCUGAACACUCUAGAGACCCUAAGGUUACUGUGGACGAGGUGUGUGGCUGUCCCCUGGUGAGAGACGUCUUCCAGCCCACAGGAGAGUACUGCCGGGUGUCGAAGCGCAAGUGUAACAAGCAUUACUGCUGGGAGAAACUGAGGAGGGCCGAGGUGGACCUGGAGAGAGUCAGAGUGUGGUACAAGCUGGACGAGCUCUUUGAGCAGGAGAGGAAUGUCCGAACAGCCAUGACCAAUAGAGCAGGUCUCCUGGCCCUCAUGCUGCACCAGACCAUCCAGCACGACCCUGUUACCACCGACCUCCGCACCGCCAAGGAUAGGUAGACCCCCAAUCCUCCUGCCCAUGACCCUUGAACUAUCACCUGACCACGGACCUCCUACGGUUACUACUGGCUUAAGUACCGCCAAGGAUAUGUAGAGGACCCCCCCCCCCCUCGAUCACGAGCCUCUGCAUCUCCUCAGGACAGAUAGACACCCCCCCCCCCCUCCACAAGACCCUCAACACCACAACCCUGGCAGUGGCCCAGUCACCACAAUCCCGACCUCCGAACCCACCUUCAAGGACAGAUUGAACCAAGCCGUUACCAUGACUACACCUUGACCACCAAGACCCUGUCACCAUGACAACCUGUCACCAUGACCCGGUAACCUGGACCUCAGCACCUCCAAGGGCAGAUGCACAGAGGCAGAUGCACAGAGGCAGAUGCACAGAGGCAGAUGCACAGAGGCAGAUGCACAGAGGGGAUUGGACAGAUGAACUACAGACCCCAGAUGACCAAGCCUCAGAACCAGAACCGUGUGGAAACGUCAACACUCAUUUUGAAUAAAUAUUAACUCAUUUAUUGGUU